AUGUCUGAUAAUCAACAGCAGUUACAUUCACUCGUUCUGUCUGCCGAGUUAAAUUCAGAGAACGAAAAUGUUGAACAACUCGGACCGAUCAUAAAAUCCAUUUAUGAUACAGGACGACAAGAAGCUUUCCUAGAGCAAUUAUCUACUUUUGUGAGAAAGAAAGAAGGAGAGAUAGAGCGGAUGUGUAAUAGUAAUUAUCAGGAAUUUGUACACUCUGUGGAUCAACUAUUAAAAGUUAGACAAGGAACUGUUAAUCUGAAAAAUAAAAUCAUCGAUCUUAAUUAUGAUGUUCAAAAAUCUGGAAAAAAAGUUGCUGCAAAGAAAAAGGAGCUUGUACAAACGCGUAAAACUCAGAAAAAUAUUGAUGAAGCAGUAGAGACUUUACAAUUAUGUUUACACGUGCUAGAUAUGGCCAAUCGAGUUAAUUAUCUAGUUGAAGAGCGAAAAUAUUAUUCGGCUUUAAGGACAUUAGAAGAAUUACAGACCGUGCAUUUACGAAAAGUUAUUCAAUAUGAAUUUGCCAAACAUAUGCAUGAAUCUAUUCCUGUCAUGCAAAAUAGUGUUAAAGAUGCCGUCACUAAAGAGAUGAAAGAAUGGCUAUUUCGUGUUCGACAAGUAACGCGGCAGGUUGGUAAAAUAUCUAUGGAGCAAAUGAAAAUUCGUCAAGAGCGAUGGAAGGCUAAAGUAUCCCAAAAUCCUGAUUUGCGUUCCGUUCCCGUCAGUUCUCCAAUUGAAAUUGUAAUGAAUGAAGAAAAUGAGUUCAACAUUAUAAAUAAUAAAGAGGUACAAAUAGAUUUUAAGCCAUUAUAUCAAUGUUUACACAUUCAUGAAGAACUUGGAAAGCUUAGUGAAUUUAAAUCAAAUUAUGAAGAAGAUAGAAGGGCCCAAGCAAAUUUGGUUCUUUCACAGUCUUAUACAUUAAGAGAGAGUGAUGAAAAAG